AAUGUCCUAUGACCUUUCAACUUUCAAGAUGGCGGCCUGGGGCUGAAAAAUCGAGUGCGAAACAUCUGGAGUUUGUCGGUGGCGUUUUGGUUGGUUUACACAAGUGUGCUGGUAGCUAUGAAUCACUUACAUCGGUUAUUCAGGAUAACACAGGUUGACAGACCCGUUUUGCUUGCGAUAACACGACGGCUUUCGUCCAAGGUGCCCACUGAACCUACAUGGAAGGAGGUUGACGAGAGCAAACUACCGAAUCCUACAAAGAUUGACCAGGACACCAUUGCCCAUUUGGAGAGACUGGCACUAGUGGACUUUGCCAACAAGGAAGGCAUUAGGAGGCUGGAAGCAGCGAUACGAUUCGCCGACCAAAUGUUCCUUGUUGACACCACUGGGGUUGAACCCAUGGAUUCAGUGUUGGAGGAUAGAGAACUGUACUUACGAGAUGAUGUGGUCACAGAGGGGAACUGCAAGGAUGAUAUACUGAGGAAUGCUGGCAAGGUAGUGGAAGACUACUUUGUUGCACCUCCAGGGAACAUUCCUCUGCCAAAGAAAGAAGAAUACGACAGCUGACCAACCUCAUACGGUGUCCACACCAAAUAGUCAAGUGUGAAUAUACUUGGGGUGCUAACUUGUUACAAAAUUCUAUGUUUAUAGAAUGGUUCAUUUUCCUUCAUUAAAAAAUAACAUGCACCCAUUAUGUUAAAACAAUUUCAUUAGUGAUGAUACACAUUAAGGAAAGAAUGCAUUCUUUGAAGUCAGUGAAUUAUGGAAAGCUAGGGUUAUUUGCCCUAAAUUUUUAACAUAACAUUGUGUUUAUACUGUAACAUGUUCAGACUUGUAC